AUGGCGAACUACUUGGGUUCAAACACAGUGGCUUAUAUUUUGACAGAAGGACAGUCUAACAAUAGAUCUCCAUUGAAAAGAAAAACUAAAUGGCAAUGCUGUCAACAUGCUGAACUGUCUGGUGAUACAACAGAUGGUGAAUCAAUCGUUCAUAUACCAUCUGACAUUUUGAUUAAGAACUCUGAGACAGCUUUGGAUGACCUCAUUGAUUUCGUGUAUCCAGAUAUAUUAUCCAAUUUAUCCGUUGAAAAUUAUUUCAAGGAUAGAGUAAUUCUUGCACCAACUUUGGAUUGUGUCACUGAUGUCAACAACAAGAUGACUGCAGGGUUAUCUGGACAAGAAAGAGUCUACUUAAGUUCAGACUCUGUGUGUGCUGAAGAGGAAAAUAUGGAAUUUGAAUUAGAUGCUUUCUCACCGAAGAUUCUAAAUGGAAUAAAUUGUUCAGGUCUACCACCACACAAGUUGGUUCUGAAGGUUGGCGCUCCUGUUAUGUUGCUGCGGAAUAUAGACCAAACUAAUGGUUUGUGCAAUGAAACGAGGAUGCAAGUUAGAAGAAUGGGAAAUCAUGUGAUAGAAUGCAAGACUUUAACUGGUAACAAAGUUGGAAGUAUUGUUCUUAUCCCAAGACUAAAUCUAAUUCCAAAUAAUGAAACAUUACCAGUCAGGUUUUAA